AGGAAAGCUGAUGAAACGUAGUGUAGGCUUGUUUCCUGCUGCGCGCAGGAUGCGAAUAUUCGCGCGACAACUGGCCAACAUCAGAAUAUAAAAAUAUUUCAGUAAAAAUUUUGAUUGGAGUGAAAUGUGGACUGUAACGCCUUUUCACAUCGUAGCAUUUUUGCUAUCAUAUUAUCAAUUCAGUAGUGUUUCCUCAGCACUUAUUGUAAAAAUGAGACCUUCCAGGGAGAAAACAGACACUUUGAAUGUUAAAUUUGCAGUGCAUCAGCGGAAAAGAAAUAUAACUAGGGUACGCAUUCAGAAGUGCUGUGGACUUCGUACAUGCAAUCCAACCUCAAAACCCACAACCAUAACUUCGCAAUUGGCAUCCAUAAUUUCAACAUUAACGACAUUAGCGAGCGAUGCGUCAACCACGGCAAUUGAAAUUCAGACAACCCUUCCAAAUCAAGAAUUCACAAAUUUUUUUGAAGAGAGCACGUUGACAGAGCAAAUCAUCGCAAGCACCCUUGAAGUAGAAACUACCACAACCGUACUAUCAACGCCUACAAAUCCGCUGACAGAACAAACAUUGACUCUCACUGAAAUCACUUCAUCAGCAAGCCCAGCGAUAACUAUCAUUACCGAUGCAACUACAACAACUAUCACACCUACCACCACUACAAUAGCUACCACCACUCCUGCCACAACCACUACAACAACCAUUACUACUCGUACCAUCACGACUACCACACCAACCACCACCACUACCACUCCUACAACCACCACUACCACUCCUACAACCACCACUACCACUCCUACCACCACCACUACCAAGACUAGCACAAGUACCUCAACCACAACCACAACUCCAAAACCAUUGUGCCUUCCGUACAAUUGUAACUUGACUAGGUCAAAAUUAGGACCAGAUGGUAGAGUACUGGCGUCAGCAGUUACUGAUGGAGUCCUGAGGGAGAUUGGGAAUAGGCAGUACUUGUUCAGCUCAAGUGCGAAAAACUGGACCGAAGCGGCAACUGCGUGUUGCUCUCUUGGGAUGAGUCUUUUGAGUUUUGAAACUGCUGACGAAUAUUUAUCUAUGGCAGAUAUUAUUGAUUUUUCUAAUAACGGGAGUUUAAAUGGCGAAUUCUACACAUCUGGAAGUGACAACAAAUUGGAAAACUCUUUCGUUUGGUGUGCAUCGAAUAAUGCCACUAUUGCUUCCCCGCCGUGGGCUGCUGGCGAGCCGAGUGACAAAACGGAAACGGAAAACUGUGUUGUGGUGUACAUGGAACCCGGCAAAAAUCCCCAGCUCGGUGACAAAUCGUGCUCUACAGCCACAAAAUAUAUUUGUGAAGUUGCAGUGAUUCCAAGAACUGCACCAACUUUGCCACAAACCUGCAAAGCUGAUCCGAACUUGUUAGGAUCAGAUAGACAAGUUAAUAUGACUGCGCCCGUAAUUGAUGGAAAGUUUAUAGUUCUAUGUGGAAAAUUAUACUUCUUUAGCACAUCAGCAAAAACCUGGCAAGAUAGUGCAGACGAAUGCUGCAAAAGGAAAAUGAGAUUCGUUGCUGUAGAAACUGACGAGGAGCAUAUGUGCCUGGCUGAUUUCAUAACCAAUCCGUACGGUCGCCAAUAUAACGGACUUUGGUUUUGGACUUCUGGCUCAGAUAGUACCGUUGAAGGAGUCUACAAUUGGUGUUACGCGGACAAUACUCAGGCAAGCAUGCGCUUUUCCAGUGUGCUCAAGUGGGACUCUGCGCAGCCUGAUAACUAUAAUAAUGAAGACUGCAUAAAUUUCUUCACGUGGAACGUGGCUCCCCCAGGCAGCAUCACUUAUAAUGAUUAUGCUUGUAGCAAUACGUUGCAAUAUAUAUGUGAGCGGCCAUUGUUUGGACCAGUUCCGUUUCCCGAAUGUCCAACAGUAGUUUGCACACCGGAGCUUGCAAAAGUUAACGAGUCCCAAAAUUGGUUGUCUUCAUCAGCCGCAGUGGGAGAUUUUUACAGUGGGUGCAGCAAACAGUACUUUAUCAGUGCUGCAGUGAAAACACGAGACGAGGCUAUGGCAGAGUGUUGCAAGUAUGGCCUACAACUUUUAAGUAUUGACACGCAACAAGAGCUUCAAUGCAUUGUGGACAUGAAUAAUGCGAAAUCGAAGAAAUCUGCGAGAUUUUGGACAUCUGGGUCCAACAUGGGCAUCUUGAGUGUCAGCAACCACGGUUGGUGCACCACGAAGAAUCUGAUUUACAACAAAACCCUUUGGGAAAGUUCACAGCCGGACAAUCCGUACACAGAAAGGUGCAUUUCUUUCAACGUGGCUGUUGGGGCCGCAGCUUUAUACAGAAUUCACGACACUGCGUGCUCCACAACUUUACCUUUUAUCUGCGAGGGUGAUGUACCACCACGCGUAUAAUUUGAACAAGACGAAGACAGAGGGAUUGCAGCAGGUGCAAUUUAAUAUUUGUGUCUUUAUUUUCGUUAUUUUCCAUUCAGAUAUAUGUCAAUUUUUUUACAUCGAUGACAAUUGAAAUUUAUUUUCUUCUUUACAAAGACGAUAAAAAUUUGAGAUCAUUCAUUUACUUAUAUCAAUGGAAAUAUUUGAUUCUGCGUUCCUGAAAUUUAUACUCUGCUAAAUUAUUAGGAUUCCUACGUUAUAAAAAUUA